AUGCGUUUAUUCGGCUGCCUUGGUCUUCGCUGUAUCACGCGGGAUCUUCGUUGUGGCUUCGGGACUCGCUGGGUGCGGCGCGUGGACCCAGCAGCUGUGCAAUCUGAUCGAGUGGACCACUGUUGUUUCAGUGUCGUAGAAGAGGAUGUUAAGUCCUCGAGUUUGUACAUCCAGGGCCAUAACCCUAGUAAGAGACAGAACAGGACGAGACCUCAGCUGGAGUCUCCAGAUAGGGUCACCAACACCUCCUCCCACCUCUGGGUGUGCCUGUGUGCCUUAGAUCAAGAGGCCAGAGAUCAUUUUCAUCUGGAUGAAAGCCUUGUUACCGUCUUUAGAAGUGAGGACCGUAGCCUCCACGCUGAGAAAAGUGAGGGCUGUAGCCUCCAUGCAGAGUUGACAUCAGAAAGGCUGCCUGUACUUCAAGCCACUGGUCAGGGCCGGCGGCCUGUGGACGGCAAAGCCUCGGCUGGCACAGGAUGCCGGAUUCCCGAGCUCGGCAAGUGGGGCCCUUGUUCCGUGAUCUUCCCUGUAGAUGAAGAUCGGUAA